AUGCCAGUGUCACCGGCAAAACGAGACGACGCCGAGGAAGCGGAGAAGGAGAAGGAGAAGGAGGAAAAUGAGCAAGAGGAGAAGAGCAACGGCAGUCCUUCGACCACCACCACUGCGGCUAGAAGCGGCCGAGUAGAAGCGGUCAUCAACGUAAAACCGGUCGGGAGGAACCACCUCUCGUUAUCCCUCACGAAUCCGCUCACCGACAAUCGAAUCUCGUUCCUGUAUGGCGGCGGUGGCGGCGGCAGUGAAAUCGGGUCUGGUCGCGUACAUCGAACGUCGUCAUUGUCAGAGUCAACACAGGCGUCUACUGCUAACCGCUAUUUCGCCUCGCCCACUUCUCCGUCAUUUCUGCAUCUGGGCCAACUGAAAACCGGAGUCGUGUCCCGCGUCAUUAGGGCGAUCAGUGACAGUCGCUUCAUGAGGUCCCGCAUGUUCAAACACUCGGCGGCACCGAUGCACUGGUGUCACCCGCCGACGCAGCCGCUGCGUCACCAAGUGAGGACGCUGGCCAAGGAUUUUGAGGACGGUGCCGCCGACCACAUCGGACCUUUGAAAUUGUACCAUGCCGAAACCUACAAACGGGAGUUGAGGAAGAUCACCUCUAACAAACUCGGACGAGUAUUCCGCCGUAUUCGAUGCUUCGAGUUCCUUUCUACCACCGAAAAGCUUCUUUCCGACCAGCAGCUGGCACAGGUUCAAUCAAAGGAGUUACCGCAGCUAUCAUCGCCACCUGACCAAACUCCGCACGUACCGAAAGUCAGCACUGCGCCCAACCUGGCGCCAAAAUCCGGCAACGACCGACGCUUCAGCAGAAAAGAAUCUUUUAUCGCGGCAGUCACCAAAAACAAAGCCCAGUGCUUAGGUAAUCCCUGA